UUGCUUUUUUCGCGCGGUUCCUUUGUAACAUUCUAGAGUAUUUUGCGUCAUUUACAGUUCUUCACAGCCUGAAGCAAUGGACCUUGAUCAGCCACCAGAUGCUCCAGAUUAUGAUGACCUGGAGGACCUUUUGGAAGAAUUGGAAAAUGAUCACAAACUUGUGAUUGAUCAUCCAGAUAUUCCAUCUGAUAUUGAUGAUGAGGAGGCAGCAGAGGCAUCUGUUACCCCAGCUGUGGUCAGUGGGAAACCAUCCACAGGUCCAACACAGAAUAAUAAUGCUGCGAGACCACAGACUCCAGGGAACAAAAGGCAGCUGGAGGAAAUAUUUGGGGAUUUAAAUGGGCUAGAGGACUCAGAUGAAGAUGCAGCUCCCAAGAGACAGAAGACAGCUUUACCAAAGACUUCAGAGGAUGCUAACAUGGACUCACUCAUGGAAAGGAUACGGAACAGCCGAGCGCUGCCAAAGAUGGAGCAGUUUGUUGCUGGCCCAGGCCCAGAAAGCGCCGCGGCGUCGCGGGACCGGGCCCGCAUCAGCACGCGCGUGCUGAUCGGCUGCAACUUCCAGAAGAUGACCUUCCCGGACGGCACACGCUACUACCUACGCGUGCGGGGCACCGGUCCGCAGCUGGUGGACAGCCCGGUGGCGACGGGCGCCAGCUUGCUUUCGCGGCCGCUGCAGCAACUGAAGGACGAGGCUCGCCAGCUGGAGGAGCGGCGGCGGCGGCUGCAGCAGGAGCGCCAGGUCCUGGACAAGCUGGCCACCUGGCAGGACGAGCCGGCCGCAGACUCGGGCGUCGAGUCGGACGACGAGUCCGAGCGCAGCGCCCUCUGGGUCGAGCGCUUCCAGCCGCGCUCCUACGUCGAGCUGCUCAGCGACGAGAGUAUUAAUCGAGGCCUGCUUCACUGGAUGAAGCUCUGGGACAAGGCCGUGUUUGGACGCGACGUUAUCAUCAAGCCCAAGGAAGAGAAGAAGAAGCCGGACGGCAAAUUCAAGCCGUUCGUCCGCAAGCCGGCGUUCGAGGUGGUGGAGGAGUUGGACGCCACGAACCGGCCGCGCCAGAAGGUGGCACUGCUGUGCGGCCCGCCCGGGCUUGGCAAGACCACGCUGGCGCACGUGCUGGCCAGGCACGCCGGCUACAACGUGCUGGAGAUGAACGCGUCGGACGACAGGAGCUUGGCGGCGUUCCGCACGGCGCUGGAGACGGCCACUCAGAUGCGGCCCAUGCUCGGCAGCGACCCGCGCCCCAACUGCCUCGUCAUCGAUGAGAUCGACGGCGCGCCGGCGCCGUCCAUCAACUUGCUGGUGACUGCGCUGUCCAACUCGGACGGGGCUGGCACGGGGCGCGCGCGCCGCCAGAAGGCAGCCACGGCGCCCAUUCACCGGCCCGUCAUCUGCAUCUGCAACGACCCGUACGCGCCGGCGCUGCGGCCGCUCCGGCAGAUGGCGCUCGUCAUGACCUUCCCGCCGACGUCGCGCGAGCGACUGGCCGGCCGUCUGGCCGACAUCUGCCGCCGGAACGGCUUGCGGACGGACCUGGGCGCUCUGCUCUCCCUCUGCGAGAAGACCCGCAGCGACAUCCGCUCGUGCCUCAGCUUUCUUCAGUUUGUGCGGAGCCGACAGGACCGCCUCACCUUGGACCAGGUGCAGGCGUCCACCGCCGGCCAGAAGGACCACCACAAGGGCCUCUUCGCCGCCUGGCAGGAGAUCUUCAACAUUCCUAGACCCAAGCGGUGGGUGGCCCGCCACGCUGGAAGCACCUGGUGGUGGAGGAGGCCGGCGGGCCGCAGCGGCUCUCCGGCUGACGGCACCAGCCUGGCCGAGAGGUUCCGGGACAUGGUGAGCCUGGUAGCCUCCUGCGGAGAGUACGACAAGCUGGCGCUGGGCAUGUUCGAGAACUACCUCAACGCCAAGAUCAAGGACUCCAGCAUGAACUCGGUGGGUCUGGGCGCCGACUGGCUGUGCUUCAACGACGAGCUGAGCACCGAGCUGCACCACACGCAGAACUACGUGCUGGCGCCGUACCAGCAAUACGCGGGCGUGGCGUUCCACCUGCUGUUCGGCUCGCUGCAGCGGAUGCGGCCCGCCUUCCCGCAGGCCGAGGCCGAGGUGAAGCAGCGCCUCACCAAGCAGAAGAACCUGCUGGCCACCAUGGUGUCGGACAUGGCGCCGCGGGCGCGCUGCUUCAACAGCGCCUCGACCCUGGUGCUGGACAUGCUGCCCUACCUGCUGCAGGUGGCGCAGCCCAGCCUGAGACCGGUGAACAGUCAGCUGCACACGGUGCGGGAGACGGAGGAACUGCACCGCGUGCUGCAGCUGAUGAUCGCCUACAACCUCACCUACCGCCAGCAGCGCGACGACGACGGCCAGUACCAGUACCUGCUGGAGCCGAAUAUGGAGGAGCUGGUGUAUUUCGGCGAACAGCGGCCACACAGGCCCGUACCCUACACGGUCAAACAGCUGGUCGCUCGCGAGAUCGAACUGGAAAAAAUGCGCCGGGCGGAGGCGGCGGUUGUGGGCGCCGAGACACGGCAGGCGGUGGCAGCCCGUGAGGCCGAGCAGCAGCAACAAAAGCCAGAGCCGCCCACGCCCGUGCCGAACCACCAGCGCCAACAACUGAAGCCCCGGCCGAUCGCCGAACGGACCGUUGAUGACACGGCGCCGCGAGACUUCUUCGGCCGGGUUCUGCAGCCGCGAGCUGCUCCGCAGCGGACCCCCGACGAAGAGGAGGCGUCGGACGCCGGCCGCCUGCUGCGCACCGACGUCUGGUACCACUUCAAAGAAGGCUACAACAAUGCCGUCCGGCGCACCGUUCGCGUGCAGGACCUGGCCUGAC